AUGAACCGCCUCCUCUCCUUCCUCUUCCAUCAGGGAGUAUUGGAUGAACAAUUCUUGCAGCUCCAGCAACUACAAGAUGAGACAUCACCAAACUUUGUCUCCGAGGUUGUCAACAUAUAUUUUCACCAGUCCGAGAAGCUUCUUAGGAAUCUCAGAACUUUGCUGAUGGAGAGAGAGUUCAUGGAUUAUAAGAAAAUGGGAAUUGAUUUGAAUCAGUUCAUGGGUAGCAGUUCAAGCAUUGGUGCAAAAAAAGUCACUAAUGUUUGUGUUGCCUUUCGUGUCGCAACCGAACAGAACAACCGUGCCGGAUGCUUCCGGGCAUUGGAAAUGCUGGAACAUGAAUAUUGCUAUCUCAAGAACAAAUUGCACGAACUAUUCCAAAUUGAACAGCAACGUGCAUUAGCAGCUGGAGUGAGGUAUCCAGUACAGAAUGAAUAA